GACCGUUUCUCUGCGGCGCGAUUGCGAUGAACGCAUCCAUUUGCUUAGGGGAGGGGUUGUGUAACUGUAUGAAAAGGCUGAAUACUUUCUUUCUACAUAAAUAUUUGUAGUAGUUCAGAGUUUCACUUUGACUCUUUACUCCCCAGUGCCCUGUAAAGAUUUCCCGGACAGAGAGAACAGUGAAAUGGCGAGCAAGAAGGCAGUUUUGUUCAAUCUGUGGGGUGUCGUGGUUUCUCCCAGACCCGCAGAAACUUUCCUCAAAUUCGAAGAGACUCACAAACUCCCCAGUGGUUUUCUGGAGAAGCUGGUGAAAAACGGGGACAGCGCCAUGCAACGUGCAGAGAGGGGCAAACUCACCCUCUCUCAGAUGAUCCCAGAUCUUGAUGCAGAGUGUGUGAGUGCAGCAUCUGACCAGAAGGUCAGUCUUCCUGCUGGGUUCUCUGUUAAGAGCCUGUUGGAGGAACUCAGAGACUCGACCACCGUCAACAAACACAUUCUGCAGACCGUAGCUACGCUCCGCAGACAAGGCUUAUUGACAGGUGUGUUGGCCAACCAGUGGGUGGAUGACAGUGGGUGUGGAGAUAGCUCUGGCCGUCUCCUCUCUCUGCUGGCCGGCCAUUUUGAUGUGGUGCUACAGUCCUGUCGUACCGGCCUCAGGGUCCCAGAGGCCGACCUGUUCAUCUCCGCUCUCAAACAGCUGGGAGUGCCUCCGAAACAGGCUCUGUGGUUGGCUGAUGAUGAGGAGGGGGUGGGAGCAGCAGAGGCAUUAGGGAUGACAGCUGUUUUGGUGAGGGACCUGCCUGAAGCUCUGAAACAAGUAGAGACCUUCACUGGAGUACAGGCCGUAACAGGAGAAAGCUACCCAGCCUCUUGCAACCCAGAAGAAGUUUCUCAUGGAUAUGUCACCAUCAAGCCCAAUGUAAAGCUGCACUAUGUGGAGAUGGGGGCGGGGCCUCCGGUCAUGCUGUGUCAUGGCUUCCCUGAGAGCUGGUACUCCUGGAGAUACCAGAUCCCAGCUCUAGCUGAUGCAGGGUUUAGAGUGGUUUCUCUGGACAUGAAGGGCUACGGACAGUCUACAGCUCCAGCAAAUAUAGAGGAGUACUCACAGGAACAGAUCUGCCAGGAUCUUGUGACUUUCAUGGAUAAAAUGGGUAUUCCCCAGGUGACUCUGGUUGGUCAUGAUUGGGGUGGAUCUGUGGUCUGGAACAUGGCCCAGUGUCAUCCAGAGAGAGUCAGAGCGGUCGCUUCCCUGAACACCCCUCUGUUCCCUGUGGACCCCUCCAAGGAUCCAAUGGAGUUCAUGAAGACUGUGCCCAUCUUUAACUACCAACUCUACUUCCAGAAACCUGGUGUUGCUGAGACUGAGAUGGAGAAAGACCUGGCAAGGACCUUCAAGAUCUUCUUCCAUGGCAAUGGAGAUAAGGAUAAUGUUCCUACUAUCAACACUGCUGGAGUUUGUGACAGAGGUGGUCUGUUCGUAGGACUACCAGACGAGAUACCCAGGAGUUCUAUCCUCAGCGAGACUGCUCUGCAGUUCUACAUCACUCAGUUCAAAGACAAGGGAUUCAGAGGGCCGCUGAACUGGUACCGUAAUGUUGUGAGCAACUGGAAAUGGCUAUGCUCCCGACCCAGGGCUAAGCUCUUGAUGCCAGCUCUCAUGGUGACCACUGGUAAAGAUCCUGUUCUGCUGCCUGUCUUCUCCAGGGGAAUGGAAAACAUGAUCCCCAACCUAACCAGAGGACACAUUGAGGAGUGUGGACACUGGACCCAGAUGGAAAGGCCAUCUGAGCUGAACACCAUUCUGAUCUCAUGGCUGAAGGACACUCACAGCAACACUGGGGUUGCCGUGACACCCAAGCUGUGAUCAGUUACCAUGACUGGCCACUCCUCGGAGCCUGGUUCCUCUCUAGGUUUCUUCCUAGGUUCCUGCAGGUUGACAUUUAUUUGUCCUGGAGGCAGAGCUGAGCCAUUUGCACUAGAUGGGCCAGCUGCAAAGUCAAAAUUGUAUAUAUAUAUAUAUAUAUAACAAAUUUGUGGACACAAUUUAAGAGAAAUGCACUUUUUUUGCGUAGGGAACAUUUCUGAGAUCUUUUAUUUAAGCUCAUGAAACAUGGGACCAACACUUCAUAUUUUCGUUCAGUAUAUAAUUGAAAGUUGAGCAUAAGGUUAACAGUGUGCUUAAGGUUAUUUUCUAUAACUUUGUGACUGUGCCAGCUAGUGACCACCCUGCAGAGCUGCCUCCAGAACACGAGUCAUCCCAAUAAAUGCUAACUUUCCUUCUAGGGAGUUUUUUUUAAACUAUGCUUCUGCUUCAACAUUGCUUGCUCUCUGGGGGGUUUUAGACUGGGCAUCUGUAAAGCACUUGGUGACAACUGCUGAUGUAAACAUGGCUUUAUAAAUUACAUUUGAUUGAUUGAUUAACAAUUUAUUCCCCUUUAAGUGUACUACUUUUGAAAAUGCACUUUCUAGUGCACUAGGAAAUAGGCUGAGCAUUUAUAAUGAUUGGUUAUUAUUACACAAGACGCUUGACUCUUCUGAAGAGAUACAUCCGCAGUGGGCAAAAAAGCUGUAACCACAACACUUCUAGCACGAGGUCUCAAAACUUCCCCUUUAAAUGAGACAUUUCAUGAGAAAGUUUCGAUUUAAUAUAUGCAGAUAAAAACAGUGUGAUAAUGUUGUUUAUAUCUUUGCAGUUGUGAGCAGCAAUAUUCCAUUCUCAUUUUGCAAAAAAAAAAAAUGUAUCCCCUCGAAAACCCUGAGCUAAAGUAUGGUGUAAUUGGUCAGGUGCUUGAUUAAGUUCUGGGUCCAUACAUGUUAGGAGAAGAUAUGAAGAGAUGCUAGAACCAGAUCUAGGAGCUCCACCCUCUCUCUUUUGAAGUUAAGGACAAAUGUGGUCCCGUGUGGCUCAGUUGGUAGAGCAUGGUGUUCGCAACACCAGGGUUGUGGGUUUGAUUCCCACGGGGAACCAGUACGGGGUAAAAAAAAAUGUAUGAAAUGUAUGCAUUCACUACUGUAAGUUGCUCUGGAUAAGAGCGUCAGCUAAAUGACUUAAAUGUAAAUGCCCCCCCUUCCAAAAUUCAAAAGAUAGUAAAACCUGUGAAAUCGUGGUUUGUCUAAAUAACCAUUGAUGAAAAAAAAAAAAAACACCGGAUCUAUUGCUGGUCGUUAGCGAUCGGGGCCCCUUAGUAUAAAGACAGAUCAAUGGUAGCGUUUACGUUUACAGAGUCUGUCCACCAGAAAUGUUGCAACAAUCGAUGCAUCCCGUCUAUUUGAUAUGUUGUGGUUAGGCUACUUUGUGGACUGGCUGUCUGAGUUUAUUUUAUCCACACUGGCAGGGAUAUAAUUUAACCAAUAAGGCCCGAGGAGGUGUGGUAUAUGGCCAAUAUAUCACGGCUAAGGGCUGUUCUUAAGCACUACGCAUCGCGGAGUGCCUGGACACAGCCCUUUAGCCGUGGUAUAUUGGCCAUAUAUCACAAUCCCCCCGAGGUGCCUUAUUGCUGUUAUAAACUGGUUACCAAUGUAAUUAGAGCAGUAAAAAAAAUAAUGUUUUGUCAUACCCAUGGUACACCGUCUGAUAUUCCACGGCUGUCGGACAAUCAGCAUUCAUGGCUCGAACCACCCAGUUUAUAUUAGUUAUUAUUAGCUUUACUUCUAUCAUAACUUAACUAUUAAUAUGCCUACUAGCUAACGACUAUAAUGUUAUUAUUAUUCAACAAUUAUAAUUUGAGGUGUUAUGUAGACUGUGUGUCCUACUGUUGAUUGAAAGCCCUGUUUUAAUGGUAUUUUCCUGCACUGGGCUUCAUACUAUUAAACUGGCUGUGAGAAAGGUUGAGGGCUAGGUGAGACGGGAGGAGAUUAGUGGGUGAUGAUUUGGACAACGUCACACUGGCUCUGUAACCCAGCGACACUCACCCACUCUCUGUCACUGAAGUCUCUCUCUUUCUGUUUCUCUAUCGCUCUCUCUCUCUCUCUCUCUCUCUCUCAGCCACAGAGCAUGACCCCGCCCCUAACCAGACGUUAUAAGGACAGACCAACUGAUUAGCAUAUUCCUAUUUACACCAUUAGUAUAUUCAUAGUCCACAGAAUAGUCUUCAAGACUGAGCAGCUGUGGGUGAGACAGGACACUCUCUGUCUUCAAGACUGAGCAGCUGUGGGUCUGACAGGUCACUCUCUGUCAGGUUACCUGACACAAACCAGUAGGCGAUGGUGUUAGGACUUAUUGAUGACUGUGACUGUGGAUCAAUACCACCAAUGUUUCUAGACCCACUGGGACCACUGAUGCACAGAGAGGAGGGACCGCGUGGGUACCAGAGGGUCAAGAGACAAAAGCCCAUUUUGAUCCAAUGACUUUUUCUAUUUAUGCUUCAGGACAUGUUAUUACAGAUGGUCUUAUCAAACAGCUUUCCUCCACGAUGCUAUACACACAUUCAUAACACACGUUCAUAUUAACACAAGGAGAAAGGGCUUUGAAGAUGCAAUGAUAUUUGUAAAUAAAUACUUUCCUUUAUUGUG